UGUAUGUACUUUAAUAUCAAAGUAUAAGCAGACAAAGUGCAGUAGCAGCCAGCUGCAGCAUAGUGAUAUCAACAAUAACAAGUACCGUAUGGCAACAAAAAUGUCCGCAUAUUGUUUCGCAAUUCUAGUUGAUCAACUGGAGUUGCCUAUCUUAACUUACUCAACGCUGUCGUCGUACAAAAUAUGGCACUAACAGGCGGCACCAAAGUGACAAGUUGUCAAUGCGCGCCGAACAAAUAUUUAAUUCACGAUAUCAAAAUGAUGCAAUACCUUGGUUUUCAUAAUUUAUGAUAGAGUGACUACUGUUACUUGUGCUGACAGUGAAUGGUAUUUGUUAUUUUGAUAAAUUUAAAGUAAAAAAGAAGAAAAUUAAAUCCGCGAGUGAUGUGUGUAGUUUUGGAACAUUAUUGCACGAGUGAGAGUGCUGGUAGACAUAACCUCGGACAUUGUUAAUUCAAAGUCAAAGCGAAUAAAAAGAAGGAAAAAUUUAGAAAAUUCGCAAUGCCGGCAAGUAAGAUUAAGAUGAGCAGAUUGCUCUACCAUACGUUUUUUUCCUUUAUCUGCUGCACACUUGGACAGCAGGCUACUGAGAGCCCUAGUACUGGUUUAAUACCUGACCAAGAAGAUGCUUUGCUCAUGUUUUCAACGUUGGAUGGCUCAUUAAUAGCCGUGGAACAAAGAACUGGAGAAAUUAGAUGGCAUCAAAAUGAUGAACCAGCUGUCAAGGUUCCUCGAGAAUCACUACAGUCAUCAGGUCCUCUAUUUUUACCGGGUCCGAUUGAUGGAUCCUUGUAUUUAUUUGGUCCUGAGACAGAAGAUUUGAAAAAAUUACCAUUUACUAUACCACAAUUAGUAGCAACAAGCCCUUGCCGUAGUAGUGAUGGUAUUCUAUACACAGGGCGCAAAAUUGAUACAUGGUUUAGUGUAGAUCCUUUAACAGGAAGAAGAGAACAACUGCUUGGAUUUACCAAAGCAGAAAAUACUUGUCCUGUAGAUACUAAGAAUGCAAUAUUUGUUGGCAGAACAGAGUAUAACAUAAUAAUGAUUGACAGUAAACAUAAAGAUAAGAAAUGGAAUGUGACAUUUUAUGAUUAUUCAGCUAUUAAGAUGGAUCCUCAGAAUGCAGAAAAUUAUGGCUUAGCUCAUUUUACUGCAAGUUCUUCUGGACAAGUUGUUACGCUGGACAGCGAAGGAAAUAUUUUAUAUGACAUUGAUUUGGGCAGUCCUGUAAUUGCAGUUUAUGCUAUUAGUAAAGAUGGCUUGAUUACUGUACCAUUCACAAGUGUUGCUGAAAGUACUAUCAAUGGAUUACUGAAGCAUAUUAAAGUAAAUCCAAAGGAGCUGAAGUUUUUCCCAUCCCUCUAUAUUGGAGAGCAUAGCCAUGGUCUGUAUGCUUUACCCUCUCUGGUGGAUGCUUCAACCCCUACAAUUAGUAGCAAAGUUGGUUCCUUAUUACUAGAGGGUCCACUGACAUCACAGUUGCAAAAAAAUGAUUCGCCACCACCACCAUUCGACAGUGAUAAUGAAGAUACGAGUUUCCAAAUGGUUCUAGGACAUUACGAAGUUCCCGCCGAAUACCAACCGCACAAUCAGCCGUUACAAAUCACAGGACGCUCGGAUCCAAUAAUUCCCAACAAUGAAAACAUUUCCAAUGCGUCCAAGAACAUUGACGUGACUAUCGGUGAUUUGCAAUCUGGCAAGGCAUUCUAUGACAAAGAAUGGAGAGAAAUGAUCAGUACGACCUAUAUUGUUUGCAAAAACUUUAUCAAUCAACAAGAAAACAAAGGUUUAAAAUUAGGCUUGAUCGUACUCUCUGGAAUCGUGAUUGGAAUGGGUUUCUACUUUCAUCAUUUGUUCAAGAGCCAAUUCAAAGAAAUGCAACAGAUGUCGCAGCACUUUGAUUAUCAGGGCUCCCGCGAUAGUAGUCGCUCGGGUAGCAACGGACGCAACGGUGUUAUCUACAAUCCUGAAGAACUUGAAGGUGGUUUAGUUCGUGUUGGGAAAAUAACUUUCAAUGCUGAAGAGGUCCUUGGAAAAGGCUGCGACGGCACCUUUGUUUACAAAGGAGAAUUUGAUGGUAGAUCUGUGGCGGUAAAACGCCUGUUACCUGGUUGUUUUGAUUUCGCCGACAGAGAAGUAGCGUUACUUCGUGAGUCUGAUGCUCACGCUAAUGUCGUUAGGUACUUUUGUACAGAACAGGAUAGAUUGUUUAGAUACAUUGCUCUUGAACUUGCCGAGGCGACUCUGCAAGAUUAUGUGGCUGGUCGUUACGACCGUAGCAAAAUCUUGGCUAAGAAUAUUCUCAAGCAGGCUAUUUCUGGACUUGCUCAUUUACAUUCCUUAGAUAUAGUACAUCGCGACAUAAAGCCUCACAACGUGCUCCUCUCAACGCCAGGACCACGAGGUGAAGUACGAGCAAUGAUUUCCGACUUUGGGCUUUGCAAGAAAUUACAACUAGGUCGGAUGUCAUUUUCACGUCGUUCCGGUGUAACUGGUACUGACGGUUGGAUUGCUCCAGAAAUGCUGAAUGGCGAGAGAACAACCUGUGCCGUUGACGUCUUUUCCAUGGGAUGUGUGUUUUAUUAUGUGCUUUCUAAUGGCAAACACCCAUUUGGUGACCCGCUGAGACGACAAGCUAACAUUUUAGGUGGUGAGAUUGAUUUGUCAUCUCUGCAAAAUAUCUCGGAAAACGACAAACAAGUUGCCUUAGUUUUGAUCAAAGCGAUGAUCGCUAGCGAUCCAAUCGAUCGUCCACCAGCUCAAGCGAUUCACGAUCAUCCAAUGUUCUGGGAUGCGGCACAAGUGCUCACGUUCUUCCAGGAUGUGAGCGAUCGCGUUGAAAAAGAUGGACCUGGAAGUCCGGCAUUGCGAGCUUUAGAAACAGGUAAUCGAAUGGUCGUUCAAGGCGACUGGAGAUUACAUAUCGACAUUCAAGUUGCUACCGAUCUCAGAAAAUACAGAAGCUAUAGGGGUGAGAGCGUAAGAGAUUUACUAAGAGCCCUUAGAAAUAAGAAACAUCACUACCGAGAGUUAACAGCUGAAGCACAACAAAGCCUCGGUGAAAUCCCGUAUAAGUUCACUGAAUACUGGCUAUGUAGAUUCCCGCAUCUUCUCAUUCAUUCGUGGUGCGCGAUGCAAGAUUUCCGCACCGAAGCAGCUUUCAGACAUUACUAUGACGAGUCUUAUGAGUUUAAAAUGGAUAGAGGUAAUGAUAGCAUUGAAUACGAAGAAGACGAAACUACGAUGCUAUUGCAAAACGAAGAAAGACACACGGUAGCUCCAUGGCGAAAUCCAGAGAAUAAUCAUCAUGUUGAUUGGAGCCCCAAUCGCGCGAGACUUCGAAAUCAGAGAAGAAAAAGACAGGAUAAUGAUAAAAAAAAAGGUGAUUCUCCUGUAUGGACAUUGCCACCUGCCAGUUAGAUUCUGUGUAAAAUAUUUGUACUUUUUUAUACAAAAAGGAGAGACUUUUUCUAACAAGUUGAUGAUAGUAUUUUCACUUCAAAUGUUUUAUUUUUAUGAGUGUGCGAGUUUUUGUUAUGCAUGUGUAUGUGAUUUUUGUUUUUUAAACAUUUUCCAGUGAUUUAAAAAAUUGACUUAAAGUAUAAUUUUUUUCAAAUUAUUAGAUCAAAAUAAAUAAUAAUUGUAUUCACUAAUGAAUAUCUACAUUUUCAAUAGUCACGAAAAUACAUAUGAAUGGUUGCGUGCCAAUAAUAGAAACUGAUAUGAUUAAUAUAUCGUUUAAGGCAAAUUUACAAAGAUGUACAUGAAUUCUUGCUAUACUAUUUCGGGUAUUGUAUAUAUAAUACCCGACCGAUAUUAAUAGGUUCUUGAUAAUUUAUUUUGUAUGGUUAUUAGUAGUAAGAAAUCGGUGCACUUAUUUUAAUAACUUAAGAUAUUUAAUCGACGAAUAUUUGUGAUACUUGCGUGUAGGUUUGCAAUCGAUAAGAAAUUAAGAAAGUUAUAUAGCUAUUGAUAUGAUGGCAUUGUAAUUUUUGUGUCAUUAUUAAACGUCUAAGUAUAAUGCAUAAGUGUCUAUCGUGCAUUUGUUGACAUUACUGAUUUUAUAUGAAGCGUUAAGUUUACACGCUACUGUGAAAAAAAGAGGUAAAAACAAUGAAAAGAGCGCAUCAUUUCUAACUAUAAUUUUUAGAAGUCUUUGAGGACGCCGUAUUUGUACAUAAUUUUUCCGUAGUCAUUUUUAAUUGCACAAAAAAAUUAUUUGUACACGGGGUUCACUUCUAUAUGACUUGCAAUGCAUUGUGUAUAGAGAGAAUAAAUACAAUGACUUAUAUUUAUAUAAUAUUUUAUUUAAAUUUAGAAUAAAUUUUGAACAUACAUCACUACAUAAUUGUUUGCAGUUUCGACAUUGCACUUUGCUUAAUGUGGAAAAAAGGUUAUUUUUCUUUCGAUGAUCAUGAGUUUAAAAAACCAUAAUAAAACAAGUAAAAAGUAAUCAUUCUGAUGUAUGAUAAUAUCACAUUUUUUGAUUUAUGUUAACACGUACAUAGAGAGAAAAAUAUUAAAGAUUGAAGACAUGAUUUAUAUUCUUGUAACGUGAAAUAUUAGUUUUUUACAAAAAAACAAAUAAUUCUAUUAAAUUAUGUACAAGAAUUAAAAAUAAUAAAGAUAUGUCAAUGUUUUAAUAUAUAAGUCUACUUUCAUUGUGUAUAUAUUUUCCUUGGCAUCUUGUAGAAAAAUAACUUAUUUGAUUGCUGCGGGCGUGUGAAUUUGCCCCGCAAGGCUGUAAAAAUUGCUUUCUGGAUUAUAAUAGGACUGAUUGGACUUCGAUUGAGAUUCUUCCCUAUAAAUGUUGGCACUGUCAACGUUAAAAAAUGUAAGCUGUAUUUCGUUCAUUCUAAUUGAUUAUCUUUGAAUACAUAGUUUUGAUUUUAUUUUUGUCUACAAUCAAUAAAAUGACUAAAUAUAUAUUUACUUUAUAAUACAUUUAUACGUUAUCACUUGUUUCUAGGCUCGAUAAAGUACAUAUUUUCUCACUAAACGUGGCAAGUGUAUGCUUCGAUAAUUUUUAAGGCAAAACUUUCAUAUUAUCCAUGGUAACAAAGCAAAUAAUUAUUGUAAGUACAAAGUUAUAAAAGAAAAACAUAACUGGGCAUUUUUUUGUUUAAAUUGUUCGUUGAUUUCGAAAAAGCGUAUUUUGUUUCAAAAUUUUACUAUACCUAAUUAAAUUUUAAGCUUGUAUAAAAACGAAGUUACAUUUUUAAAAGAUAAUAAUUAUUGCACUGGAUUUUGUGCAUCAGCGCAAGGAGCUGAUUUCAGUCAGAUUGUCCAAGACGUAAUGAUUUUUUUGAAAUAUUCUUCUAGACAAUACCCAAUUACA